UGGAUCUCAGUCAACGGUACUAUCUGGGGAAAAACCCGCCCAAUAUUAGAGGGGAUUUUUAUGUUUGACGCCGCAAGCUCUGUGUACGAAAAGCCUAUUUUGCUAUUGCUUGUCGGUUGUGAAUGGACAAAUUCGCAAGAGUAUACGCAGCAAACCUGAAUUUUAAAAUCAUAAGACAUGGCAGAUUCAGGAGAUCCGACAAAUAGAAGUUCAACCCCAUCAGGCCAGAUGAGCCGACCAGGGUCACUCAGGACCGUUGGAGAGGUACCUCCAAACAACCCAAUGAACCCACCUUUAUCAGUGGAUCGAAGCCCCUUUACAGAUUUAGAAUGUCACGAGCUAGCCGGUUUACUCCAUCCGGAUGAUUUCCGCUGCCUUGGUCUGAUGUUGGGGUAUCAUGAAGCGGCGAUCAGCAGAUACAAAAUGCAAAACAGAGAUGGAAGCUAUGAGGGCACUUAUAAGAUGCUUACUGAUUGGAAGAAGAGAGUCUUAGACCAUGAUCAGAGAGAAAAUUUAUCAAAUGGAUUGGAUAAGGCAGGGGUGGUUUCAUUGGCUUUGCAGGUCCGGCAUGGCCGAAAAUUGGAAUACGUUACAACUCCGCCUCAUUUUGCCGCACAAGCUAGCGUACCAGCGAGCUCCAGUCAGGCUAUUGACCCUCCAAGAUCGCUACAGUCAACACGUCCAAUACUUCAUCAUGGUCCCUUUCCAAAUAGGACACCUCUCCCACGGAACACCUUGCCGUGCCCAGGAAGUGACAUUGAUGACAUUGGAUUAUAUAACUUGUCUCGACAUCUCCGCAACGAAUCAUAUCAUAAACUAGGCCUGGCACUUAAGUAUAGCCUCGACCAAUUGGACGCCUUCAAAUACCAGGCUUCUAACAAUAUUCCUGAGGCAGGGCUUAGCAUGCUGCGGGACCUUAAAUCACAGGUUGGUCACAUCCGAAGGGAAGAUUUCAGAAAUCUCCUCAAAGAAUCAGCCCCAACUUUAGUAGAGUUUGUUGAAAAUUAUUAAUAAACAUCUUCGUGUUGAAAGAUUUAGGAACAGAUUACCAAACCCCUAUCAUCCACACGAUGUGCUCAUUAGGAGGCCUACAAAGAAUAUCGUUUACUCUCUGAGGUGCAAUAUAUAUCACCGGUUUGUAGGAGUGAAUUAUAUUGGUUUUCACUCGUAAGUGAGCGGCAAAGCACUCCCGACCCACUCCUACUCCUGGUAACUGCGACCAGGAAUGGACGAUGAUAAUCCUUCAUCAACCGUCUCAUGCACACAUAAAGCAACCACACCUAACCUCUGAAAAGGCCAGUUAGCUUUCAGAUAUCCUGACCAGGCCAGAUCCCCCAACCUGUCUACGCCUCGAACUAAAUCAAACGGCCUUAACUAAAUGUUGGUCUUACUUCUGCUCGGAAACCGUUAACCACCGGAUAUUCUUUAGUUGUAGAAGAUCAUCUGACCUAACUCCUUUACUUGAUUAUUCGCCUCUUUUCGUGGAGCUGAAUGGUAAGUGCAACAGACGGACCAUUAUGAUUCAAACGAAAGUACUUCCCCAGGGUACUGUUCUUGUCCCAGUUUUGUUCAGAUUAUAUGAUGAGUACUGACAAACCCGUUUCACCGAACAAUCAUUAUCGAUGCUGAUGACCCCGGUAAUGAAGUUCAGAACAAGGAUUCCUUAGAUAGCUUCUAGAAGGAAGUGGAUCCACAAGAAAGGAUUCUAAGAUAAUCAUAUUGGAAUCUCCCUAUUCCAUUUCCAGUUAUUUGGAGAACCCUUUAAGGAUACAAUCAUGUUCAUUUGUGUUUGUGUGUGAAGAUACCUUCUACCUUUUAACUUGUUUCCUAGCCCAUAACACUUCCCCCCCCCCUUCCCCACAAAAUUCGCGAUGAUAUCUGCUUUACUCAGAGCAAUGAUUCACAUGAAAUGGCUUGGUUUUCAUUCAUGCUUGGGACAUGCUUGAAAGUGUGGCGAAACAAGUGUUACGUGAAAUAUGAAAUGUAAACCCACUUUAAAUGAUAAAAACUUAGUUUGAAAAAUGCUGUAAAAUGUCUGAAAUAAACUUUUCUUUAUAUUCAGUUUUCAUUAUGUCCUCAGAUGCAGCUGGAACAAAAAAGGUAAAUGUUAUGCUUACCUAUGAUUAAAAUGUUAUUUUGUGUGGCAAAGUUGUUACACAGUGUUAAAAUGUAUCUGUUUUAAUUCAUUUGCAUGAAAAUGCAAAAGAAAAAAUAUGAAAAAUUUAUCACACGGAUAGUUUGAAUUGCCACUACAUGUAUAACUCAAUUCUAGCAAAUCUACGUUAACACACUUUAAGAAUGACCUUGUUUAAACUCUUCCUUUCCUGAUUAUAUAACAGGAUACACUUACGAGGCUUUCUUGAUCACAAUAGUCGAUUCUAAAAUAAAACUCGUGCAAAGGGUUUAUCUUAUUAUAUCUUUUGAAACCUAUUUUUUGUUUAAAAAAAGAGAGGAAAUCGAUCUCUUGAAUUCAUGAGGCUUUAUUGGCUACUAGUAUUGUGUUCCGAGUAAAGUAGGCAAAUAUUUUAUUUGUGUGUGUUUUGGAUAUGAGUAUUGGAUUGGGAUAAAACAUCGUUCGGCAAGAGUGUUUGUGGUUAGGUAUUAUGGAUAAAGUAAUUUUAUAGAGUCAGUUAUUUAUAUUUUUAUUAAAUGCAAAAUAUUACGUUUCAUAAGUUACUACUUUUAUAUGUAUUUUGAGUGAUGUAAUAACUGUCCUAUAAAGAAUCGAAUAUCUUGUUUUCGUCUCUCCUGCACAACAGAGCGAGAAUAUAGGCGCCGCUUUUCAGACGUUUGCGGCGACGGCGGCGUGGUCAGCAUUGAAAUCUUAACCGAGUUUAAGUU